AUGGAUGCGUCUCUUACCAUUUUCAUCACGGAGCUAAACAGACACUUCGAAGUAUGUUUCGACACCAAGUUCCACGAGGAGUUCGAAGCGCGCUACCGGAGGAGUUUCGACCAGGCACUCGGAUCGGCAUUCGAGCCGCGGUUCCAGGAAAUCGGCGAGAUAGUCUGGAACAUGACUCGAGAAGAGGUGCGCGCAAGAAUCUCCGACGACGUCCAGCAGAACGUGUAUCGGUCGAUUGGCUGCGAGGUCCUGCGCCGCUUGAACAACGAGGUCGGGGACGGGGUCAAUUAUGGCAUACUCCCGCGCCUGCAGCUGUCUCCAGAAGUUGACGAGGCGAUCUUCCGCGAGGCGUCUGACGGCCAGUAUGACACGUUACUCCAGGAUAAAUUCCAAGAGGUCUACGAGGAGAAAUUCGCACGAGAGUUCAGAGUUUGGUUCAUCCCCGCGUUCGACGAGGCUUUUGUCCACGUCUUCGACAAGAACUUCGACGUGGUCUUUGCGGCGGUGGCCCUGGAAGAGCUGUCUAAAGUAACCACCUAG